AGGGAGUCAAGCUGGCGCCAGAUCGCCGCACUCUGGGUGUAGAACUCAUCAACAGUAGAGUCACCCUGUUGAAGAUCAUGCUCCUGACGCAACACAGACAAGUACAGAGAAUCCCCAAAAGGCUGAUAGCGCUGACGAAGGUGAGACCACAUCUCGGCAACAGUGGCGAGGCCCAUAAACUCAGAAGCAAACUGUGGCUGAACACUCUGAGAGAGAACGGCAGCAGCCCUGGCAUCCUCAUCACACCACUGAGUAUAGGUAGCUAAACUGUCACGGUAAGAGCCAAGAGCCUCUGAAUAAGCAAGUACCUGCUCCUCAUAUGCCUCAUCAGCAGUAGCCUCGGCAGACUUGGCUGCAUCCCGGUCAGCCUGAGUAGCAUCCUCAGCAAGGGCCUGUGGCACAGAUGGCGGAGUAGGAGGCACAGGAGCAGUGGGGUGUGGCGGACAAGAGACCUCGCCGGUAAGAACACCCCACAGCCGAAGACCACGCAUGUGGAUGCUCAUAAAGGCAGCAAACUCCCCAUAGUUGGUGCCAUCAAAGAUCACUGGGCACCGAGGAAUACUUACAUAGCCAGACACAGAGGACGGCAUUUUUUUUUGGACCAGAUCUAGAUCUGGUCAGAUAUGCAGCUCAGAUCGUGCUGCAGCCCGAGCAGCGACCGGAAAAGGGGCCGGUCGGAGAUGAAGCAGGCCUGGGCGAGGCAGAGGCGGCCGGAGGCGGCGCAGGGCCAGCCGGGGCGGCCGGAAAAGGAGGCCGGCCUGGGCUGGGCGAGGCGUCCGGGGCAGAGCGGAGCUGGCCGGAGGCGGGUCCGGCCGGGGCAGCCAGCGACGGGGCAGAGCCAGGGAUGGCUGUUGCACGAGCAAGCACGUCCGGGGCACGCUUGAUGCGGGCUGACACGGAUGGCCGGAGAAGAAGAGGAAGCAGGCCAAGAUGACCGGAAAGCUCGCUGGAAAAAUCAUCGGCGGCAGCACGGAGUUGCUACGUGCAAGAGGAGCUAAACCUAAGCUCUGAUACCAUGUUGUGAAUGAGCAACUAGUAUUCACAGAGGGCCAUAGGCCAGUACAUGUACAUGUGUGACAAUGUGCAGGUAAGCCCCUUAUACACUGGGGAAUAACCGAAAAGGGACUAUACAACUCUAACAAAAUCAACCAUUUGACAUGCUAACAAAGUAGCAUAAGCAUGAAAUCACAAGAAUACUUUGCCUAAUGGGUGGUUACUCCUGUGUCUAUUAAUGCCUGUCACACUCAAAGUAGCUAGAAUAAUCCUCCUCGAAACAGGCUUUCGCCCCGCUAUAUUAAUAUAGCAACCACACGGUACACCUGCUGGGGCAUCAGCACAAAUAAGCCCUAAUGUCAACAACGUCAGAUUGACAAAAAUGAUGAUGACCCGCAACCGUUGUGCCCUCCGGAAAAUUCCCACCGCGCUCUUAGCACUCUGAAGCGCCGCAUACCAAGCAACACCUUCAAGAAGGAAUGCGACAAUGACGACGCUGCUGCCCUGACUAGUCCUAGGGGUCUUUUUUCUAGUGAUGCAACGGUGUCUAGUCGUCGUCUUCUGGGCGGAGGCGGACAGCAGAUCGGCAAUGGCGGCAAUCCGGUAAUGAGGACACAGUCAUGUGUCUAAGCUGGCGUGCGCACCACAAGGCGCAAUGACAGUGGCGCUUCGGUGCCGCACUAGCACGCUGCAACUGGAAAUUCUUUAUCUAGCAGCUGGUUUGACCGGGACUGUGGCCGGCUGGUCCGGUCCAGCAGCCGGUCCGACCAGGACCUGGGCCGACCGGGCCGGUCGUAGAGCCGGUUGACCGGCCCUGGCACCGCCUCCAUCUACCGUGGGGCACGGCUGAUGCACAUGGGACGCCGUUUGCGUCGCAGCCGGCCGCCUUCGUCUGCACGGUCUCCAUCGCCGGUUCGUCUUCGUCGUCAUCGCCCAAGACAUCAAUGACAACGUCGCCAACGACUCCGAUCUGCGGCGCGUAGUCCACGCCAUGGCACGUGUAGCGCCGCCGUCGGUCUGAUCAACCGACCCCGCACACGUCUCCGCCAAGCUCGUCCCCGGGCACGCGCAUACCACCAAUUGAGCAUCGGGUUGCCGCUGCGUCGCCCAUUCGGGUCGCAGCGCCGCUGCCUUUGGUCCACGCUGCUAGCCAACGACGCGCCUUCUGAGGCGCGUACGUCGCUGGUGGCAUCCCGCCGCUGCACCGACUCGCGCCCUGCAGCUACGCCGGCCCCUCAGGCCGUGGCGUCGCCGCACGCGGUCACCUUCGUCGUCCCCCGCGCAUCGACGUCCGAGGCCACCACAGCGCCGCCCCUUCGUCGCGGGUCGCCUCCGUCCGCGCAUGUCCUUCGUCACGCCGCCGGGUCUUCCUCGCCUACUUCGUGUACCGCCGCCGCGCCUCCACCUCAGGUCGCCGCUGGGCUCGCCAACCACUUCAGGUCGCGCUGGGCUCGCCGAUCACCGCAACGCCCGUCUAGGCGUCCAGCAUGACCACCCCUGGUCACCGCUGUGUUAACCGCCUUCUACGUCUUCGUACACUACAACUUUGCCGCCAGCGUCCUCGCCUCUUCCCCGACUACGUCACCUGCUUCUCUACUCCGACACCCGUCGUCGAGACUCGCCUCUUCCCCGACUACACCACCUGCUCUUCUACUCCAACACCCGUCGUCGAGACCUCCUCUACUAGUCUACUCCGACAUGGCGCGCACUUUGUAAUGUUCCCUACCCCCGCACGCCCGGUACUGGCAACACCGGUACGUGCCUUCGUCCCCGAUGCGUCCCCGGGCCUGGCAAGCUCGGACCGGCGCCUCGUCUUCAUCGGCUUCGACGACAUCUUCAUCGGCAUCGCCUCUACAACUGCUUCGACGCGUCACCGCAGAGUUCUUCUAUGCUACUCGGUUCUGGCAAAACCGGAGUAUGCCUUCGUCCCCGAUGUGCGCCUGGUUCUGGCAAAACCAUGGUUGCACUUCGUCCUCGACGGCCCAGACUGCAUCGACUUCGGCAUCGACCAUCUCCACGACUGCUUCGGCGCGUCUCCGUCACUCUCCUCGCACACCACCUCGCCUGCGGCUACAUCGACACCGGCACCCGGCCACGACAUCGACCACGGCAAUCCCUCGCGCGGCUCCCUCGACCAAGGUUGCAGCACCCACGCUCUCGGCUACCUCGACAUCGGCACAAGGGCUACCACCUCGCACGAGCACCUCGGCUUCCUUUACCGUCCAAGCAUCCGCGAUGCGACUUCGUCCACGACGCUCCCGCUACGACUGCGGGGGAGUGUCAGCCCGUUGGUUCAUACCUUCGGCUUCUCUCCAGUCUGACCGUCCGCGACGCUAGUGUUGUUCACGUCACAACCGCUACGACUGCGAGGGAGUGUUAGAGAUAUAUUUAGUAUAGGUAUAUUAGGUAGUCUAGGAUUUGUAAUCUCUACCUACCAUAUCUCUAGGAGAGCUAUCUUAGCCUCCAAGUCUGUACCAGUAUAUAUACUCGCCCGAGAGAUUCAAUACAACAUCCAUCAUAUUCCGCAUAUCUCUCUCCCUCUCUAUCCUUCUACACUUAGGUCGGUUCUGGAUGCCUGUCUUCCCUGUCAGAUCUGACAUCUGUUUGGGCGCUGCUCCCCUUGCUUUCAGCUGGGCAUUCCUCCAUUGGAUAUGGUAGGGGCAAUGGAUCUCUCUCUGCGUGCAGACGGAUUGCCUAUGAGUGAAACUGAACCACGGAGGUCACUCACUGCGUCUCCCUCUUCCCUACGCUUACAAGUGGAGGCUGUCAGAGGAGGUGGACGACUAUCGAUUCGGUCUGUUCAGGGAUAAUCUUCGCAAAAUCGGUGCACUGCACGACCAGGAGUUUCGGUGGUGGCUAUCUACGGAGGACACCACAGUGGAUUCUUUCAGAGUUUGUGGAGUACUAUUUGAAGAUCCACCAUCAACCUGUCUACACGCCUAAUGAGAUACAUCCCUAGCCCCUACAAAGGUUGAGCCUCCCCAGCAAUCACCUCCAAACACUGAGCCAUCAUGUUGCACGUCCAUAAAUAAAGCUUUCUACUUUAUACACAUCAUUUUCAUAAAAGGAAGAGGUUACAGAAGUGCAGGGUACAAAUGCACAUCACAGAUCACAAAUCAGCAAGUAAUGCAGAAAGGAAAUAGUUUGAGAUUCCCUCAAUGACCAGGUGCAGUAGCUGUCCAGCUACUCCUACAGCAUCAUUAAUGGAAGGGAAGUCUAUAAACUGUUUAACAAAGACACUGCGCUAUAGUACUUCAGUGAGGCCCGGCCGAUCACAAUCUUUUUGUUGAAAGAUGAUGCUACGUUGAAGCAUGACAUUACAACAGUGUCAUGCAGCUAUGCUCCAAAGCUUAACAUGAUUCCUAGUAGCAGCAAAAUGAUAUUUCAGUUCACUUUUACUCCUGUGGGCUGUGGCCAUGGAAAAAACUUUUUUAACAUAAAACCAUGGAAAUACUUCAUGGCGACAUAACCGUGAAUUCUGUUAACUAACUGUGAAGCACCCACUCCGCUCAGUUUUGGGGCCCAAUUUUGGCUUCAGGGCACUUGUAGACUUGUAGCACAAAAUCAAUAGGUUCUUCACAAGAGAAUGCAAUAGUUGGAUUUAUCUAACCGUGAUGAUUACUGAUCCAUUCAGUGUGGUACGGUUGCGAAUAGGUCAAAAGGUGGCAUGUUUCUACUCACCUUUGGUGGUUCAUGUAGCAUUUCAUCAAAAUUUCUAAUGGAAAAUAAUAUGCAGUUGGCGUAUGUUCCCGCCUUUUGUGAGUGUUAAAGAGAAUGUUUCAGGUUCAUGGUACAGCCUAUCAACCUAUAAAAUAUCUUCAGGAAUGAUUCCUGCUUAAUUAUUCCUGAUUUGUUGUUUGUCAAGGGGCUAGUCCAUCUAUGCAUACCUCUUCUGAUCGAGUUAAUCAUGGCCUCAGGAGAACAGUAGCAUGUGGAAUAGGUUUCUGCUGGAGGGGAUGGGAUUUUCGAGUCACCUGCAACACUGCUACUUCUACAUCAGCGCCAGAGAGCGAUCCGAACGAAGUGGUAGCUGUUGGUUUCCAGGUUUGCUUGUAAGCCCUGAAUUUAUCUGACUGGGCUGAAUAUGCUGCCUGACUGAACUGGGUAUACGUUCCUUUCGGGCCAAUUCUUUCAAAUCCUGAAACGUUCUUUAAAGGAAACACGACGUUUCAUCAUAAAAUUUCAGAACUCAACACUUGUGUAUAAAAUCUGGCAUUUUGGACA